AUGGACAGGAGUAUGAUAGAUGCCGCAGCUGGAGGAGCUUUAGUGAACAAGACUCCAGAACAAGCUAGGGAGCUUAUUUCAAACAUGGCAGAAAAUUCACAACAAUUUGGAAGUAGAGCUUUGACAACAAGAGGGGUUGGAGAGGUUCAAAUGGUUUCCAAUGAACAAAAGGAGAUAAGAAGCUCAUUAUUGGAGUUAACAUCUUUGGUGAAGCAAUUGGCAUUAAACAAUGCUAAUCAAGUUUCUAUUUUGCUAAGCACACAGUUUCCGUAUCAAUCAAAGGGAGUUUGUGGCAUUUGUUCAAGCCAAGACCACAAUUCAGAAUUGUGCCCAAAUCUUCAUCAAGAUGAGUCAGUAGCAUCAUUUUCAAGAGCUCAAUUUCCUCAAAAAUAUGACCCCCAUUCCUCUACUUAUAAUCCUGGUUGGAGAGAUCAUCCCAAUUUUAAGUAUAGCAACUCAUUUUAUCAGCAACCAACUUCGAAUCAACAUUUCCAGCACUCUUACCAGCCUGCAAAUCAAUUCCAGCAGCAGAAUCAGAAUUUCCAGCACUCUUACCAGCCUGCAAAUCAAUUCCAGCAACAAUUUCAGCCUUAUCAGCAGUUUCCAAAUCAAAAUCAGCAAUGGCAAUUCCAAAAUCAGGGUGUUCAGCAAGAGCAGAAUGUAAUCCAGAAUGCACUUCCAGCACCUUCAAGAUUAUGUUUGACUCAAGGAAGUUCUAAUAGCUCUUCAAAUUCGGAUACACAACAGAAGAUGGAUGAUUUGAUGCAACAAAUUUUACAGCAACAGCAAUUGUCUUUGCAGCAGCAGCAACAUCAGCAAAGGACAGAUUCAGCUUUGCAAAACAUUGAAAGACAGAUUAGCCAGCUAGCAACGAACAUAAAUCAAAUGCAAGCUUAA